AUGUCAUUACUGAACCAGCCAAUUGUCCUGGAUAAUGGAUCUGGUAUAAUAAAAUUGGGCUUUGCUGGACAAGAGCAGCCCCUGGUAUAUGCUCCAAAUAUCUUGGGGCGGCACAAGUACAGCAAGGUCAUGACUGUAAGCGAGAUAGAUGGCAUUUCUGAUCCAAUCUUAGUAGGGAAGACCGCACAGAAGCACAGAGGGAUACUAAAGCUCUCGUAUCCCAUGAAGAAUGGGCAUAUCUCUGAUUGGAAUGAUAUUGAACUGAUAUGGAACCAGCUUCUUACAAAGGACCUCAAGGUUAAUGAUGUCAGUGAUCACCCUAUAUUGGUGACUGAGAUACCUUUCAAUAAUGUUAAAAAUAGAGAAAAAUUGACCAGUAUGAUCUUCGAAUCUUUCAAUUUUCCGGCUCUCAAUCUAUCAAUACCGGCGGUACUUUCUUUAUAUUCGUCAGGAAGAACUACUGGGGUAGUGCUUGAUAGUGGAGAUGAGGCUACAUACGUGGUGCCCAUUUACGAAGGGUUCUCCUUAAACUCUUCUAUGAAAAGAAUAGACAUAGGAGGAAGGGAUAUAACAAAACAUGUGCAGUUCCUAUUAAGAAAAAAUGGUGUUCAGCUACUGUCGAGUAGUGAAUUUGAAAUUGUCAGACAGAUCAAAGAAAGAUAUUGCAGGGUUUCGCUUGAUCCUGCAAAAGAUGAGAGAGAAUGGUCGGUGUAUAUAUCUACUCACCUCUUGUACGGAAGUGACACCCUUGGUGAUGCAGAUAGUGGAAAAUUAACCAGAUUCAAGUUGCCAGAUGGGAAAAUGGUAGAGAUUGGAGCUGAGAUGUUCAGAGGUCCCGAGAUCAUGUUUAAUCCUGUACUUAUAGGAUCGGAGGCCAAUGGGGUUGAUAGUCUACUCACAAAUUCCAUCAACUCCAUCGAUAUUGAGCUUCGACCCCAACUUUAUCAAUCAAUUUUACUAGCUGGAGGCUCCACGAUGUUUCAGGGGUUUGGAAACCGUCUUCUUAGUGAACUCAAAUCCAGUUGCCCUAAAGGGACUAAAUUAAAGAUUUUUUCUCCGCCAGAGAGGAAAUACAGUGCAUGGGUAGGGGGUUCAAUUUUGGCUGGGCUGAGUACAUUCCAAAAAUUAUGCGUUACUAGAGAGCAGUACAUGGAAAAUCCAGAGUCAGUUGUUGAAAAAUUCUUCUUAGGUUGA